UCAAUGCUUUUGUUUACUUUCGAGUUUUGCUCAGAGCUGUUUGAAGAAAUAUCACUUGCAACAUGUCGCAAAUAGAUCUGAACAAAAGUAUUGAGAUAAUAACCAAAACCGAGGAGUUGGCCGAUAAAAUUCUGGUCAACAAGCAGGAACUGACGGUAAUGGAUAAACGCCGCCAGGAAACCCGGCAGGCAAUGCGGCUGAUGGAAAAGUCGGAGGACAAAAAAGUUUGGAUCACGAUUGGCAGUAUGCUAGUCAAAAUGGAGCGAGAAAAGGCAUUGGACCUGCUCAAGAAAGAUCAACAGCAAAUAGAGCAGCAAAUCAAUCUGAUAUACUCAGAUCAGAAAGUUCUGGUCAACAAACAUCGCGAUUUGGAGUUCAAAUCGCCCUUCUCGGGAACACAUCUUAAGCCCUUAGAAAAGAAGGAGUUCGACGCUCUGAAAGCUAAUCUCCCAUUGCUGUGAAUAUUUAUGUGUAUUAAAGUAAGUCUUGGUGCUUAAAAUUUUUAUGUGUGUGGCGUGAGUGCGAGACAUUUGAAUAAAACAUUUAUAAUUUAAA